UCAAACCUAUAACUUUCCUUAAUAUUGAAAGUGCAUACAAAGUAUACAAUCUUUAAAUACCAACCGAGACGCAAUCACAUAUCUAAGCCAUCAGAACUUAAUCUCUAAAAGUCUGAUGGAUCCGAUCGAUUACGAAAUAUUGUCUUUGGACUCGAGUGACGUUAGUGAUAGUAGCAACGAUAGCUCUGCCACCGAACCGUUAGAGAGUCCAAAGUACCAAUGCAAAUAUUGUCCUAAAAGGUUUGUUAAAACACAAGCAUUGGGUGGCCAUCAAAAUGCUCACCGGAAGGAGAGAGAGCUCAUCAGAAAACAAAAUCAGGCAUUUCAGACGCAAUUGGAAGAGCCGGAUCUUGAUAUAUAUGUGUACUCGAAUUCACGUUCGCAUUCAUUUCCAUAUCAGUACGCGCUUCCACCAGAAUUUGAAGAACCUCGGUACAAAAAUGAUAGGUCACACAAUCUAACCAUGAUGUGCGACCAAUAUAUGGGAUCCUCGAGCUCUAGUUUUGCAGGAUUAAGGAGUGAUCCAAGUCAAGAAACAAGCCAAGGUAGGAUCUUUACCGAGAUCCCACCCCAACCCCAAUCUCAACCUCAGCUGCCUCAACCGUUAUUGUUUCCAUUGUCGCCAUUGUGUUUAGAUCUUUGCCUCGGUGUUGGUAACUCCCAACCCCAACAUGAAGAACCAAACGGUGUAACAAAUGAAAUCAUUGCUGAGACCGAAAAUGUUGGUUCUCCUCUUUCUCUUUCACUCAAGUUAUGA